AUGUAUCAGAGUCAUUUUGAAGGGUUCCAAAUGAGUGGAAUAGUGUUUGCUGUGAUUACUCCCCUGGUCAUCUCACAGCUCUACCAACAACCAGUCGUUUACUACCAAGUUCCUUACGCAGGUCCUAUAGACGCUGCUUAUGGACAAGAAGCAACUAUGCCCCAUGUAAUCACUCAACCGGCAUACAUAGUACAAACACCGUAUCUGCAAGGCUCUUAUCAACAGUUACAAUUCGCUGGCUUGCAGAAUGGGCUGCCUUCAGGUCUGGCUCUUGGACUUUAUCAGAAUACGCUCGCACGGGAACUGACUGGAGGUUACCUGAACGAAUUCCGCGACGCAUCUGGCUCCCUGAACAACAAUGGCAAGUUAUUUCAAUACUGUCGGGUCUCUGUAGUAACCCAAGAAACUUUAUGGGCUUACCGUUAUCCAUCAAGCUCCGUAGUCCUCGGUUAA